AUGCUACUUACUCAAAAACAAAAAUCUAUUAUUAUUGCCACAAUUACUGCAAUUAUUGAAUCUACUAUUACUCAGAGAAAUAAAUAUACACUAUUAUUGGAAACGGAUGCCCUUAUACUCAUUGAUAAUGAAAAUAAAAAUAAGAGAAUUAUUUCGCGAGUUGGACGGAUUGUACGUCCAAAGACAUAUGGUUUUUGGGUUGAUAUUUUUCCUUACCUUAAUGAUGAGAAUGAGCACAAUAAUUUUAGAGCUCAUUUUCGCAUCAAACGAUCUAUGUUUCAUAGAUUAUUAGAAGUAAUUUCUCAACAUUCCGUUUAUCAAUUAUCUAAUUUUCAAACUCAAACACAUAUCGAAAUUCAAGUGGGAAUUGUUUUGCAACGGCUUGCAAAUCCGAUGGGUUAUCGUCAAUUAGAAACCUUGUUUGGCAUUAGCCAAGGCUCAGUUCAGAAUUUUACUCAACGUUUUUUUCAGUCUGUUCUUGAUAUGCUUAAAAAAAUUAUUCGAUGGCCUGCAGGUAAUGUGCUUCAAGAAACAGUUGAAGGUUUUUCUCCUCCAGAAUAUACGAAUCGGCUUCCAAAUGUAAUUGGUGCUAUAGAUGGAUCGCAUAUUCCAAUCCAGCAAUCUAAAACAUUAUAUCACAAUCGUUAUAUUAAUCGAAAAGGAUUUUAUAGCAUUGUUUUGAUGGCGAUAGUAGAUCAUACAGAAAGAUUUACUUACAUCCAUUCGGGACAACCGAGAAGCAUGCAUGAUGCAAGAGUUCUCAAACAGACAAAUUUUUGGGCAUGGAAUCCGUCUAGUUACUUUCCAAAUGAUACGCAUAUUCUUGGUGAUUCAGCAUUUCCUCUUUUACCCUGGCUUCUUAUCCCUUUUAAAGAGCAAUCCGGAAGAAGACUUACUACAUCUCAACGAAAAUUUAAUAAAGCCCUUUCUUCUGCUCGCAUGGCAGUUGAACGGGCAUUUGGAAAACUCAAAUCCAGGUGGCGCAUUCUCAAAAAUGCUAUAGAAAUUACUGAUAUGGAAACAAUUGUGGACGUAAUCGAUGUAUGUUGUAUUCUUCACAAUUUAUGCAUUGAUUGUGAUGAUAUCUGGGACACUGACGAAUAUGAUCAAGAACGUAUUGGUGAUGGUAGUGGAGAAAUAGUAGAUAUUAAUGAAGAUAUAAAUUCGCAAAAUUUACGUAAUGCUACACAGAAAAGAAACAACCUAGUUAGUCUGCUAUACUCAGACUAA